ACGACAGCAACCGGUCAACAAUGCUCUUGUACCAUUUAUCAGUUGUUCUUUUCAAUUCGUACGUGAUUUGGUAUGAUCAGCAAUACGUGGAAAUCCCUUUGCCGGACGGCAUUAAAAACAUGUCGUUCAAAGCGAGGGGUAUCUUCUUGACGUUUUGGUGUUUCGCUCUACAAACAAUAUACUUCGGUACAGCAGUGUUGAACGACAUCAUCGGCACCAACGCUAAAGCGCCGAAAAACCCGCCCCUCAUCAGAAGAGUUAAAGACAUCGUCUUCAGUUCGGCGUUCACUCUAGCUUUAUAUGUGUUUGCCACAUUUUGGGGCCUGUACUUGAUCGACGAGGACCUAAUUCUGCCGGCCCACAUCCAAGAGGUUCUACCAAACUGGAUAAAUCACGGGAUGCACACAACUAUUGUACCUUUCAUCAUUUUGGAGCUUCUCUUGACAAACAGAAAUUAUCCAACGAGAAAAGUCGGAUUAUCUGUGACACUGCUUAUUAAUUUUACGUACGUAUUUUGGAUUCAUUACUUGUAUUUCACUCAAGGAACUUGGGUGUAUCCAUUUCUCGACCUUAUGAACUGGCCCACAAGGAUACUUUUUUGUUGUACUAGUAGCAUUAUAGGCGUACUGUUUUAUAUUUUAGGUGAAAACAUUCAUUAUAUUGUAACACCGAAAAAAAAGCUCAGUGUUAAUGGAUCUAAAAGAGAUUAAAUAAAGA